AUGGAGAAGAAGCUGAGCGCCAUCAACUGGACUGCGCCUGUGCCGGUGCUGGAGAAGAAGCUCUACGCCACGGACGUCAGCGCCGGCCACUGUCGGCUCCUCCUCGCGGAGAACAACGGAGACGAGGGCGAGUCCAAGCCUGAGGGGAGAGGUCCCGAGGUUCUACUCAGCCUGCUGACGGACGCCGAGAAGGCGGCGGUGGCCGCCAAGAACGGGGGCCUGCCGGUGCUCCUGCUCGACAGGUGGGGACGGGAGUAUCCGGCGGCCAAGCUGAGGCUAUGGUGUAGCAGCGGUUCCUACGUCCUCCUGGGCAAGUGGAUGGACUUUGUCCGACAAAAUGAGCUCGACCCCGGCGACGUCAUCGACGUCUACUUCUUCCGGCCUCGGUUCGCAGAGGAAGGCGGCGCGGCCGCUAGGGUGGGCCUGGUCGUCUGCUCCCGGGUCCACCCGGAGGAGGAGGAGAGGCGGCGGCGCGACGGUCCAGAGGUGAGGAAAUGGCGGUGCGAGGAGAAGGGGGACCAGAUGAGGAAGCACAAGCGGCGCAAGUGUUAG